UUUCCGCGAGUCAGGUGACCUGAAGCAAAACCAAUUGGAUUUGAGCUCCCAGGAAGACAAACUGACCCACGCGGCGAGGGCUUGAAGUUUGCAUGCGUAUACAUGAAUACCGAGGUGUCGGUCCUGUACUUUGCAAAAAGUGCCGAAUUAACGGGACUCAGAGCAGAGAGCAUCACUGUUCCGUCAAACAUAUCAUCUCUACAGCUGUGGCAGGAUCUGGAGAGCAGACAUCCCAGACUCUCUGUAUUACGGGAUCAGGUGGUUCUGGCCGUGCGUCAGGAGUACGUGCCUCUGGGAGAGCAGCCUUUGACCCUCAGAGACGGGGACGAGGUGGCAGUUAUACCGCCCCUUAGUGGAGGCUAAAGAAAUGACCAAGGUAUGGCUGCAGAUGGGGGUCAGGAUCUAAUAACACUCACUACUGACAAGCUUUCUGCUGAUCGUGUUUCUGAAUCUGUUACG